AUGCUCAGUUCUUCUACCAAGCGUAACGCUCAGCGUGACAGCCAGUCUGGUGGCUCGUCCACCACUCAAUCUGCCGGUGCUCGCUUGGACCUCGCCCGCUUUGAUGGCAACCGUGACCCCGCUCCUGGCCCUGCUCCUCAGCUUGUCGAGGGCAUCUCGAACAAUGUGAAGAACAUCGACGUUGGCGCCGCUAUGUGGUCUGACGCUCGUGGUGCUCGUCAUGCCUUCCAAGGCCGCCAGCCUCCAUCCAAGCUCGGCAGAGAGGUCAAUAUCCGCCUCAACGCUUUCCCUGUGACUGGCCUGCCCACCAAGCCCAUUUACCAAUAUCAGGUCAUGGUUGGCACCGGUGCUGAGAAGCGCGGCCUGAUCAAGGCUGUCUGGAACAGCAAGGCUACCAAGGAGCAGCUCGGCAAUGGCUGGAUCUUCGAUGGCAACAGUCUCGCAUGGUCGCAGCAGGACCGCGAUGGUGAGACUCGCUUCAACGUGAACCUCGAUAAUGAGCAGGGUCGUACUGCUCGCCCUGGUCGCACCGAUGUCCAUCGUGUCGUCAUCAGGAAGACCGCCACCAUUGACUUCACCUGUCUCGAUGCCUAUCUGCGUGGCACCGCUGAUUACGACAAGAAGAUCCUCCAGGCCAUCACCGUUUUGGAUCACAUCAUGCGUGAGACUCCUUCUUCGAGAUUCAUCUCUAUCAAGCGCUCCUUCUUCGCUGCCAACUCUCAACGCAGACCUCUCGGUGGUCAUGUCGAGCACACCACUGGUGUUUACCAGUCCCUCCGCAUCGCUCACCAUCCUGCUGGUCAUCGUCUGGUCGUCAAUGCUGAUGUCGCCAAUGGCACCUUCUGGUCCGCUGGCCCUCUCUCAGCUGCUGUCUUGGCCGUCACGAGACUCAGAACCGAGGCUGAGAUUGGUAUGCUGCUCAGACCAGGCAACCUCAAGUUUAACGAUCUCCGUCGCCUUCGCAAGCUUCGUGUUGUGGCUACUCAUCGCAGAGGUGCUUCGGACGACUAUGUGAUUGACCAGUUCAUGAACAAGGACUCCUCCUACAUGCUUACCUUCAAGGAUGGCUCCACAAUGUCUGUGGCUCAAUACUUCCAGACUGAACACAACGUUCGCUUGAGAUAUCCUGCUUGGCCAGUUGUUCGUAUGACCAAGAAGGCCGUGCUUCCUCUAGAGCUCUUGAAGAUCAAGGAGAACCAGAGAUAUACCUUCAAGCUAGAUGAGGUUCAGACAUCUGCGAUGAUCAAGCUUGCAGUCACUCCUCCUAGAGAGCGCUGGCAGGCUAUUCAGAACGGUGUCAACAUGAUCAAUUGGGCUGCGGACCCCUUCCUCAAGGAAUACGGCAUGAGUAUCCAGGCCACUCCGAUUGAACCUAAGGCUCGCCUCUUACAGAACCCCAAGCUUCAAUUUGGUGGUACCGGUGCCGCUGCUCAGGCUGAUCCUAAAACCUCUGGUCGCUGGGACCUUAAGGGCAAGAAGUUCUCCUCCGUUCCUCCUGCCGCGGCUCAGACCACCUGGGGUGUCUGUGUGCUACCCGGCAGAGGUCCUGUCGACAAGGCUGCCGUUGAGAGAUUCGUUCAGGGCUUUAUUACAGCCUACGGCGCUCAUGGUGCUGCCCUUACACCGGCCAUGAGAGCUCCCGCCAUCUACUAUGCCCCCAACAGCGAGCCUGCUACUAUUGCAAAGGAGUGUUUCAAGAUGGCUGGCAACAAGCACAACAUGCGUCCUCAGAUCCUCAUGUUCAUCCUUCAGGAUAAGAACAGCAUCACCUACGGUAGGAUCAAGCGUUACUGCGAGUGCAACAUUGGCCUUCCUUCUCAGUGUGUGCAGAUGGCUCACGUUCAGAAGGGUCAAGCCCAGUACAUCUCCAAUGUGCUCAUGAAAUUCAAUGCUAAGCUGGGUGGCUACACCAACACCGCUUUCAGCAGCGAUGCCAACAAGAAGGGUCAUCUUGAGAACAACACCGUUAUCAUCGGUGCCGACGUCUCUCACGCUGCUCCUGGUCUUCCGGGGCCCUCUAUGGCUGCUAUGACUGUCUCCAUGAACCCUCAGGCCACCCGCUACGCCGCUGCCGUUGAGACCAAUGGUCAUCGCGUCGAGAUGAUUACUGACGAGAACAUUGAGAAGCACAUGAUGUCGCUCGUCAAGAACGGCUGGUCUGCCAAGGUCGGCCAGGGCAAGGCUCCUACCACGGUCGUUUACUUCCGCGACGGUGUCUCCGAGGGUCAGUUCGCACAGGUCAUUGACCAGGAAGUGGCUGCCAUGAAGAGGGCCUUCACUAAGGUUGGUGUCAAGCCCAAGUUCCUUGUGAUCAUCGCCUCCAAGCGUCAUCACGUCCGCUUCUUCCCUCAGAGUGGCGGUGACAAGAACGCCAAUGCCCUUCCUGGUACUUUGGUCGAGACCGGUGUCACUCAGCCCUUCGAGAACGACUUCUACCUUUGUGCGCACACUGCCAUCAAGGGUACUGCUCGUCCAGUUCAUUACAACAUCCUGCUCAACGAGCCCCAGUGGCCGAACGACAGAAUCCACACCCUGAUCUAUGAUCACUCCUACCAGUACAUUCGUGCCACUACUCCUGUCUCGAUCUUCCCUGCCGUUUACUACGCCCACAUCGCUUCUCUGCGUGGUGCUCAUCACUCCAAGGGCUUCGGCCAGCCGUUUGAUGAUCAGCGCACUGUCGUCUCCAGCAUUGAGCCCGUCUACGAGCCGCUCUUCCCCAUGGCUAACCCUGCAGUCAUGAACCCCGGCAUGUGGUUCAUCUGA